AAAAACCACAAAGCCAUAUCUACACUGACGGAAACGUUACCACAAAGUAACGGAAAGUUUUUGUUUGUUUUAAAUGGAAGGUUAGCUGUCUGUAUUACCCAUAUUCAUUUACACAAUGUUUCCAUUUUGAUCCUGUGGGGUGUUUCAAAACUGUUCUGUAGUUCUAAGCUGUGAGAAAAGCAGAGUCAGCCGUGCACAAUGGCGAUGGUGUUUAACUGCAGUUUGGUACCGAAUGGGCCUGAAGCGGGACUUAUUAUUUUCCAGCGUGUGGCCUACACACCUGUGUUCAUUUUAGGCAUCAUCCUUAAUGCCUCAGCCUUGCGGUGCUUCAUUGGUAUCCCCCAGUGGACAGACACUCACAUCUACAUGCUUAACCUCCUGCUUGCAGACCUCAUGCUGACCCUUUUCCUGCCCUUUCGCAUAUUCGAAACCUACUGCCCUAUGAAGCCGAUGCCUCUCUGUACAUUCCUGAUAUGUGUCCAUUACAUCAACAUGUAUGCUAGCAUCUUUAUCAUCACAGCCAUAAGCAUCCAUCGUUAUGUGGCCAUCAGGUUCCCUAUGCAGAACAAAACCUCACAUGCAUCAGAGGUCAGGAGAAGGAGGAUAACGAGUGGGAUAUGUGCUUUAAUCUGGGUCAUAGUCAUAACACUCAGCACAACAUUCAGGAAAGAUAUGUAUCCAGACCGGCUAGCGACAUGCUAUGAGCUCAAAGAACCUGAUAAGAUAAGCCUUAGCUUCUUAUUGGUUCUGGAGAUUCUUGGGUAUCUUCUGCCGAUAGUCACCAUCAUGACUUGUUCAGCUCAUGUAGUCUGGACUGUGCUAAAGUCAUUAAAGGACAUCCAUCAGCACACAGAGGAGGAAAUUAUCGACCAAAGGAAACGGGUCGUGGCUAUAAUCACAGCAAACAUGAUUGUUUUCAUUGUGUGCUUUACCCCGAUCCAUGUUUAUCAUUUGCUGAGACACAUUUCUGUGAAAAAAAGUCAUAUCAUUCAUGAUGUCUCUGAGUGGUUAGCAACAACAAAUUGCUGCCUGGAUUCUGUGGGAUAUUACUUUUUGUUGAAAAAAGCUUACAGAGACAAGAUGUAGCAUGAGCUGGAUAAUAAUAAUAAUAAUAAUAAUAAUAAUAAUAAUAAUAAUAAUAAUAGGUGUAAUAAUAGGGUUUCUUCAUAUAAAUCUAUAAUGGACUUUUUCACACUAACUGUUGUUACCCAGAUGAGGAUGGGUUCCCUUCUGAGUUGGGUUCCUCUCAAGGUUUCUUCCUCUUAAAACAUCUUAGGGAGUUUUUCCUUGCCACCGUCGCCACUCAGUGGCUUGCUCAGUUGGGAUAAAUUCACACCUUUAAUAUCUGUAUACCAUGUUGAUAUUUCUGUAAAGCUGCUUUGAGACAAUGUCUAUUGUAAAAAGCGCUAUACAAAUAAAAUUGAAUUGAAUUGAGUGUAAUGUGUGUUGAACUUUUGGUAUAAGUCAGGACUCUAGCAGGUGAAUUUUGGGGUAUAUUUAGGGUAUUUUACUAGUAAUGCCCAAAAAGAGUGAAUCACAGUAAUCUAAGCAUGAGAUGAUGAAUGCGUGAACCAGGUUUUCAGUUUUCAGUUUCAAUCUAAGUAAGGGUUAAGGGUGGAUAAGGUUUCAGGAGAUGAUAAAAAAUAUUUUUUAAACAGAUAACACAGAAGGAAAUGACAAUUCAUGAGUAAUUCAUUAGGAAAUUCAUGAGUCUUUUAUCUGACAUUUAGUGGCACGUAUACUGUGCUAAUGGUACAAAUGUGAGGUCUAACAGAUGCAAAUCUAGUACUCACAUAGGGUACGUUUUAUGUGCUGCUUCUAAAUUAUUCAUUUGUGAUUAUGUGAGUAAUAUUUGAUGACAUUAUGUCAAUAUUUGAGUGUCACCAUGGUAUACCUGAAACAGCACAUGUGAACGCAAGUAAAGACUACAUGAACAAUUUUCUUCCCCUCUCUCGGCUGCUCCUGCUUUUUUUCAGGGACGUCACAGUGGAUCACCCGUCCGCACGUUGAUUGUAGUACAAGCUAUAUGCGGGAUUCCCUUCCUGGCACAACCCUCCCCAUUUUCCAUGCUUGGGACUGCCAUUGAGAGUGCACUGACACUGGUAGGUUCCCUGACCGGGAAUCGAACCUCAGAUAUAAAAAAAUAUAUAUCUGAAAAAUUAACGUGAAAAUAAGUGAAUAAUAUGUAAAUAAAAUCUUGUGUAAAAUAUAACCACAUGUCUUACACAUGAAAAGUGUACUAUAUAUGAAACAUGUCAAUUUUACAUCUGAAUCUCAUGAUUUUUCACCUGUGGAUUAGCAAUGGGUGUGACUGGAACGCUCAAUCAUUAAGAGGGGUGUCCACAUACCUUUGGCCCUAUAGUCUUAGGGCCAAAGGUCUUAGUCUUAUUUAAUGUUAAUAAACUUGAAGUUUUCUUUUCUGUUAACUUGAAAUUCAUUCAAUUCUUUUUAAAUGUUUGUAAUCUAAUAAAGACAUAACAUGUAAUUUAUAUAAUACAUUAAAUAAGCACUUAUCAAGGGAGGAAUAGUAUAAUACUUAAUAGAAUCAUUGGAUCA